AUGAGGCAACCCACCGGGCCCGCACAACUUACUUUUCUCUUUCUUCUUGUCAACUCUUCCAUACUUCGUGCAGAUGACUCGCUCAACAGACCCUUGACUGGAAACACCACUUUGGGCACAGGUGCAUUACUCUCGGACAAAGGUUCUGUGGCUGUAUCGUCCAGUUCCACAUAUCGUGCUGCUACGGCCGAGAAGUCCACCCCACGCAAGAUUGGCCAAGAAUUCGGGACGCUUGCCGGUCCGACACCAAGACGAGAUCCGAUUGGUCGAAAGUCUGGACCCAACAGCCAAUCAUGA